UAAAAUUAAACGCGUUUUCAAAAGGGAAAAAUAUAUAAAAUUCUUAGGAUUGGCAACAGUUCAUUAUAAUUCGCCAUACGUUUGUGUGAGGGAACUCGCAGUCAAUAUUCCAAAGUGGAUCGCGUUUCGAAGGAAAAUUUUCUGAAGGAGACAACAUUUCUCGAAAUCCAUCCAAAAUCGAAUUUAGUGUCUCUGAUCCUGAUUUCCUUCAUUUUCAUUGGUUAGCGCCGGUGUCGGACCAUAAAUACUGUAUCAGAUUAAUCUUACUUGCAUUGUAUACUGCACUGAGAUAACCCACCUCGCAAGGCAUUAUUACAAUAAUGAAAUCCUACGUGGAACAUACGUUAUCAAUAUCAUUCUACUCUGAAAUUUUGUAUGGAGUAAUGAUUCUCAUAAAAAUACUGCAUUAACCAAAGCCUAUGAAGCGUUAAAACAAAACCAUGAUGAUUUCAUUACCACUACUACAUUUACCCGUAAUCAAUUAAGACCAUUUUAACCAAAACAUAAUGCAUUAACGCAAUCACUUCAAAAAUCGUCCUCUAUAAACGACAGAUUCGGUUUGUUCCUCGCUCAACUAACCAUUAUAAAUGAAUUUCCGAUGAAACAGUCAAAAAGGGCACCGGAAACAAGCCCCUCUAGAUCGACCUCCAUAAUAAUCCAUAGUUCAUCUCGGAUGUACAGUGGUGCUCAAAUCUCAUGCGACAUGAUUCUUUUUGUAUCGUCCAGAUUCUCAGACUCAACGUGAUGUUGCCAAGUAGUGUUAUCAUUUUUUUUCUAAUGUCAUACAUGUCGAAAAGUUUGUGAAUUCACAGCUAGCCCUAUUUUCCUUAUGGUUAUAUAAAUAUGAUCCCUUUUAUGCAUUGGUAAAAUUCGUAAUCUGUGUGAUUUGAACUGAUUUUCUUUUUUUACGCUGCUCAGUUCAAAGUGCGGUGUGAUAAGGUUAGCUGUGCCAAAAAUGAAAGCACACUUCACAUGCCCCUCGGACUGGUCAACAUAACUACGUCUGCUGCUGUAUGACAGUAGACCUAAUAAGCUAAACAGUUAUAACAACAUUUUCAACGUAGGAAUAUGAAUUAAAACAAGUUUUCUUUGAAUGUUGAAACUUUCGACUGUGUUUAAGCUGCCUGUAUGUUGCAAAAUAUUUUAUAGGCCUAAAAAAAUAAUCUACGCCAUCUGAGAUAUAAUCUGUUAUUAAUGAAUUUAUUUGUAGAGAUUAUGUUUUUUGACGAAUACAAUAGGAAUAUGAAUUACAACCAGUUCUUUGAAUGUUGAAGUUUUAGGCUACGUUUAAGCUGCCUAUAUGUUGCAAAAUGAUUUAUAGGCCUAAAAGAAUAAUCUAAGCCUUAUGAGAUGUAAUGUUACCAAUGUUUAUAUUUGUAGAGAUUACCUCCUCUUUGAGGAAUAAAAGAUGAUGAUUUUGAUUAUAUGGAGAAGAUGACUAUUAAUCGAAAUAUCAUAAGUAUUAAUAUCAAGGCGUAUGGAACACUUGUUUUUCAAGUGGUUUAAAAUAUUAUUUUCUUAAAAGGCCUCCUCGCUUUUGGUGUAUAAUUUAUUCUUUCAUAAGGUAACUUGAAGAACAAGAAUGUGUUGAUUACCUCAUUUGCUUUUUGGCCAGAAAUUGUUAAUAGAGAGAUGUGACUGUUAAUUGUAAACUAAAGAAAUCUAAUACCUAGGCCUAGGAACAAUAAUUUUUUAAAUGUUUAAGAAUUAUAACAAUUAAUUAUGUAUGAAAAUCCAAAUAUUCCUCUAACACAUAUAAAGUAAGUGUUUUCAAGAUAAUUUCAUUGUCGCUACUCAGUGUAGACCUACUUAUUUUAUACCGGGUGGUUGUUGCACGGACACUAAUGACAGAUACGUCACACACGCUCCCCUCACACGUUGAUAUCGGUGGGCGCAUUCUACUUUUGCAUAUACAUAUUUACAUUUUUUUUUCAGCAUUGACGUGAAAAAGCAAUCAAAUAGGACUAUUUCAAAUUUUAUGUUGGCUUUGGAAGCAUUAUUAAUGUUAUGAUAAUUUUUUUCCUCUUUUAUUUAUUUGAACUGAUGCUUGAUGACGACUUCAUUUUGGUCAAAUGCUUCAGCGAUGUGUGAACGAAAGUUUUGAAAAUGUUUCGGAAGAGUUUUUUCUGAAAUUUGCUACACGUGACAUUUUCUUACAGUUUUGAAAUAUAUGACAGAUUUCACUUUUAUGAAACAUAUUAUGUCCAUAUUGUAUGCAAUAAUCGCGUUUCCGCAUUGAAAUAAUAGAUAUAAAUAUGGAGCAUGCUAGUUGCCAGUUAGUGAAUUUUGAACGAAAUCCUAUGGAGUCAUGUCGCAUGAGAUUUGAGCAUCACUGUACGAUAAUGCUCGUAAAGUUACCUGGAGUCAACACCUUCAUGCACAGGUGAGCAACCAAACUCCUAUUCAUGAUUCCUUGAAAAGUUGUUGGUCUUCGCUGUCCACUUCUUUCUCUGCCACAUUUUAGUGUUAAAAGUUGUAGUAUCGCUAGAAGUAUAUAGUUUACUCGUUGGUACUGAUAUUUCAAUGUAAAAUAAAUGAUUGGAAACCAAGCCGCAUGCACAGCAUGAACAAUAAUGCUCAGCAUAUACAACGAUGUAUUAUGUAAUAUAUCCGUCUAGGAAUAAGAGACAUUCACUUGAAAUUGCAGCCUAUUUGCAAUUUUCACAGACCAGUGCACAGGAUGAAAAGGCGAUUUUUAUUUAUUUAUUUAUUGUUUUGUUGUUAAAAGACGAUCCAAGGACAUCACAUGCACGACAGUAUUCGCUGCGCAAAAUUCCACGGAAGAUUGACCUCAAGGUCCGCGCAUUGUUUGAUUUUCUGCCUUUUCAGUGACGUUAUCCGUGGCUCCAACCAAACAAAACGCUAUGCCAUCAGGCGGUUAUCAAAGGCUUCGGCAGCGCUCGCGGCUCGUCAGUCGUGGACAGCACUCCCUGGCUUCAAAGACACAGCAUCUCGAGUCGGUCACAGGAUGCUGCAAAACAUCACAGCACUCAGAGUUAUCCAGCGCUGUUUGACGGUUGAGAGGCUGAAGAACCAUUACCUAUGUGGACCAAACUGGUGGAGGAGACAAGGGCGAAGAACUCUGAGCGGUUCCUGCAGCCACCAGCAGCUCGUCUUCCCUUCACAAUUUUCAGAUGUCCAGCAGCCGCGGGGAAACCUCGUCAACAAGAUUUUCGAGAACGUCGAUCGCUGGGGCUCACAAGUCGCUGUGGAGUGUUCAGAAUCUGGCAGAACUCGCACUUACAAUCAGUUACUGGACGCAACACGAAUAUGGGCUGGGUUCCUAUCCAUCCUGGGGUUGGAAAAAGGUGAUGUCAUAGCAAUCGUCCUGCCCAACUGCCCAGAAUAUCCGAUAUUAGUGCUCGGAGCCAACAGCCUGGGCGUCAUCGUCACCAUGAUGAAUCCGAAAAACACAAAAGAUGAGAUAACGAACCAGCUGAAAGUCAGCGGGGCUAAAUUACUGGUGGUGACCCCUUCACUCGUGGAAGAGGUUGUACACCUACUCUCAUCUAACCCUCCGGUACAACUCGUCUUCAAUGGACCUUGCAAUAUCCCAGGGACAUAUAGCUUGCAGGAUAUCCUGGCUGAUCCUUCAGGAACUCGUAUUGAUCCUAUUGAGUUGACAGAAAGUACCAUUUCUCUGCUGCCCUUUUCGAGCGGUACAACAGGACCACCCAAAGGCGUCCAAGUUUCUCAUGGAGCCAUCGCCAUCAAUUUGCGUAUGAUUUCGCACCCGUCAAUAACGGCUACGAAACUAGCAACAGACCCCUUCCAAGAGCCCUACAUGUGUGUCCUCCCCUUUUAUCAUAUGUUCGGAAUGCUCCUCAUGAUGUUCGGCAUACAGCAUGGGGUGAAACUUGUUACCUUCCCGUCCUUCCAACCCGGGCAAUUCGUCAGCACCCUGGGGAAGCACAGAGUGAGAACCCUACACCUGGUACCCCCACUCGUCAGUUUCCUAAUCCAGUCACCAGAUAUCACGGCAGAGUCUCCUGACGUUUCUCAGAAAGAUUAUAAUCAGUGCAACUCCGUUUUCCUUGUCGCUUGCCCAAGCAUGCAAGAGCAAAUUCAAAGACGACGUUUUUCUACAGUAGAAAGUGGAAGUUGUCUUUGA